AUGGGUGCCUUCUCCUUCCUUCGCCAGGUCUAUGACCUCGACACUCUCGACACUCGUUUCCUCAGCUCGUCCUCCACUCCUUACCAAGCGGUGAUUGAAGCGCGAAAGGACCCGCGUGCCGCCAAAGAGGCCGCCAGUAGGGCUCAGGCUCGCGCCCCUCCGCCGAAAUGGCAGACACCCGAGUUCUACCUCUACUACCUGGUGUUUCUUUGGGCUGUUCCUUACAUGUUCUGGGUGGCUUACGAUGUUUCACGGCCUUCCGAUCCGCGCUAUCACAAGUACGAACGCUUCUUGUCCGACGGCUGGAUCCCAGGUCGCAAGGUGGACGUCUCCCAUGCGCAGUACAACACCUUCCGCGACAACCUGCCAUAUAUGGCUGCCCUGCUGAUCUUUCACCCUAUUCUACGAAGACUCUGGAACGCAAUCUACAAGCCGGAUAACCAGAGAGAAGCCAAGGGCUCGGCGAGGUUGGAACAACGGGCAUCCUUUGACUUUGCGUUUGCCAUGGUGUUCCUCGUCAUAUUGAACGGCAUCUCGGCCGUCAAAGUGCUGGUCAUUCUGUGCAUCAACUUCCAGAUUGGAAGGAAAGCACCGCGCCGAUACGUGCCGAUCGCCACCUGGUUCUUCAACAUCUCGACUCUUUUCGCAAACGAACUCUGCGAGGGGUACCACCUGCGCAAUCUGGCCGCUUACAUCUCACCACCUGUCGGAGGAGCGAGUGCGAGUGGGGAGGUGACGGACUCUCCGCUGAUGCGGACGGGCGCGUGGCUCGAUGGCUUUGGCGGCAUUAUGCCUCGAUGGGAGGUGCUCUUCAAUAUCACUAUUCUUCGCUUGAUCAGCUACAACAUGGAUUACUACUGGAGCAUCGGGGGCAAGGGCUCAAGCUCCCUUGAGAAGAAACAGCUGGACCCGGCAAACCUGUCCGAGCGCGACCGCGUCGCGAUAUCUGCGGACCCGGCAGACUAUUGCUUCCGCAACUACGUCGCCUACGCCGUUUACGCGCCGCUCUACUUGGCGGGACCGAUCCUGACCUUCAACGACUACGUCUCCCAGCAAAAGUACAAGGCUGCCAGCAUCGAGCGGCCGCGGACGAUCCACUACGGCGCUCGUUUCUUGCUUGUCCUCGUCGCGAUGGAGCUCAUCCUGCACUUUGACUACGUGGGCGCGAUCAGCAUGGCCAGCCCGGUCUGGGGCGACUACACGGCGGCCCAGCUCAGCCUGCUGUCGUACUUUAACCUGCACAUCAUCUGGCUCAAGCUGCUGCUGCCUUGGCGUCUGUUCCGUCUCUGGGCGCUGCUGGACGACGUAGACCCGCCGGAAAACAUGGUCCGCUGCGUGAGCAACAACUACAGCACGCAGCUCUUCUGGCGGGCGUGGCACCGCUCCUACAACCGGUGGCUCAUCCGGUACCUGUACGUGCCGCUGGGCGGCGCGUCCUUUGGCAGCUGGCUCGCUGCUGCUCGGUCGACGCUCACGUACCUGCUCGUGUUUACCUUUGUGGCCCUGUGGCACGACAUUCAGCUGCGACUGCUCAUCUGGGGCUGGCUGAUUGUCUUGUUCAUGAUCCCCGAAUGGACGGCAGCCUACCUGUUCCCCAAGCGGAGGUGGGAGAGCAGGCCUACCGAGUACCGCAUGCUGUGCUGUGUGGGCGCAGUUGCCAACGUGCUCAUGAUGAUGGCGGCCAACCUGGUUGGGUUCGCGGUUGGGCUGGAUGGAUUGCAGAGCAUCAUAGCAGGGAUCCUCCAUGACUGGUCUGGCUUCUUGUUUUUAAUUGUGGCGUGCGCCUGUUUGUUUGUCGGUAUCCAAGUCAUGUUUGAGAUACGCGAGUGGGAGAAGCGCAGAGGAGCGACGUUGAAAUGCUAG